AUGCGCUUCGAUAAUCCACUCUUUCAUCCUAAUGUGUAUAAGGACGGAAGAGUAUGCAUAAGCAUCAUGCAUCCACCUGGCCAGGAUAAGCUGAGUGGAGAAUCGGCCGCCGAACGUUGGAACCCUGCUCAUGGCGUCCGCAGUAUUUUACUUUCCGUGAUAUCGAUGCUGAAUGAGCCUAACAUUUUUUCACCGGCAAAUGUGGAUGCUUAUGUGGGAUACCGCAAGAAAAUGGUUGAAAAGUUGAAGGCGGAGGCUGCUAAGGACGGAGUGAAUGUACCUGAAACUGAGGAGGAGUACGUAAUCAGAGCUAGAGUAAGGCGUCAGCAAGCGGAGAACGAAGGUGGCACUGAUAAUGGCGAUGUUGGCCUAGAGGGUAAUUAUUAA